AUGCGUCGUGACAUCCCGCCAGCAAAUGACUUCAACCACAGUGACGCAGAAGGCGACGAGGAGUCUGACUACGAAGGCCAGGGUUACUCGAUUGAAGAAGCAUUCGGAAAUGGUUCAACAACGGCUUCUACGAGCGCGAAGAAGGCUCGAGGACAGAGGAGUCAGGCGAUGAGGGGACCAACCGCCCUCCCCGCGUACCGUGGCACAGGAUUUGAGGAGUACUUUGCGGACCCUCCCAUGACACCAGCAGAGGCUGAGCAGGAAAAGGACGAGAUCUAUUCGGAGCGUAUCGAGAACUGCAUCAACCGCUACCGCAGUCGCCGCCGACUCCAGACCGAGCAUUCACGCUACCUCAACGAAUAUCUCUUCCUAGGCGGUAUUGACACGAGCCCCGCGCAGUUUAGAGGACGCGACCCGAAGGCUCUCAAAGAACUCACGCCUGCUCAGCGACGAGAGGCCAUGUCGCACGAUGUGGCCAAGUCCGUCGGCGACCGUUUCUAUGACGGCGACAAGGAGCGGUGGGUCGUGGACUUCACCGGCGUCGCCGCCGGGUUUUUCUCCAACCCCGUGCUCGAACUCACCGGUGCAGAACCGGUCAUGUUGGACAAGGCGGCUAGCGUUGUCGAGAACUUCCUGCGUUACGUGCUUCAGCAUGAUGUGUGCCCAGAGUACGAGGAUGAUGUCAAGAAUGCCCUGCAGCUCUGCUUGGAUGCCAGGUCCGAGUGGGCUGCCGUCGAUCUUUUGCAGCGGAAGCUGCCUGGAAACUUCAACCAUGCCGCCUUCAACGCGUUCUGUGUCGAUGAAAUUGACGAGGAGGACAGUGGUGAGAACAAGAUAGACCAGGAGACCUUGGACAAUGCGAAAGUGGACUUCCUGAGCUCACUGGCGCUGCUGGAGGACGACGCCUUGUUCGCCCAACACUCCACUGGCCACCCCAAAGAGGUCUAUUCAUUCUUCUGCGAUGUCGAGGUUGUUAGCAUCCAUCGCCCAGAGGAGCGCUUCGCCAAGAGGUUCGAGUCGCUCUGCAUCAACGACUCGUCCCUUGGACUGAACCCAAUCGGCAGCGCGACAUUCGUCCCCACGACGAUUGGAAGUGACUUGGUCAACCCCCCCAUGCCGAGGCCGUUUCCCGAGGACCAGAUGACACUGUACUUUGACGAUGCCCUUCUUGCGCUCAUGAAGCCGGGUAUGAAGUUGAAGCUGAAUGUGGGCGAGCUCAACACGGGUUUCCGGUACAUCAGGAUGGCUGGAACCAUCUAUCCGUCCUUCUGGACUUUUUUGCCCCAGGAGCUGAUGAAGCACUUCAAACCUCCCAGGCUCAGUGAGCGACCCGCGCCAUCGAUCCACACGUUGUACCAGGAUACCGAGGAGGGCAGUGAGGAGUGA